AUGAGAAGCAAAGCUUUCUUCUCCUUCCUGACCAUGUAUCCUCGUUCCCCUUCGCCACAGCGGGAGGCACAGCCAGAGGCGGAGGCGCCAGCUCAGAUGACCAAGGAGGAGCAGCAGCGAAACGAUCGUUUCCAGAAGAACAUCAAAAAGGCCAUGAAGACGGAAUCCAAGGAACUAAAAAAGAUAGAGAAGGAACAGGACAAAGAGACAAAAGGCCAGGAGGCGGAGGAUCACACAAAGGAGAAGAAGGAUAAAUCCAAAAAGGAAAAGAAAGCAGGGAAAGAAGCGGAGGAAGCGGAUGACAAAGACAAGAAAGCCAAGAAGGACAAGAAGGACAAGAAGGAGGAGAAGCAGGCUGAAGGCGAUUCAAAGCCAGCGAAAGAUCAAAAAAAGGACAAAGACUCGAAGGAGAAGGAAAAAGCAAAGGCCAAAGGCAAGGAGAAAAAGGACAAGAAGAAAAAAAAGAAGGAGUCCUCAUCAGACUCAUCGUCUUCAAGCAAGGAGGAUGAUGACAGUAGCUCGGGAGAGACCGUCAUGGAAGAGCAGGUGGAAUGGGUCGAAAUUCGCCCAAGCACAGCUGGCGAUUCCAAAUACGCAGCAGGCUACAACUAUGACUCCGAGGAUGAAGGCUUCGGGCCCAUGCCGGCGACGCAACAGGAGCUGAUCAACAACAUGUCUCAGAGCAAAGGCUCCUAUGGAGGCUACCUGCUCCCUGGUGAAGGUGACGCCAUGGCCGAGUACGUGAAGAGCGGCAUGCGAAUUCCGCGACGAGGAGAGGUUGGCAUCACUGCCGACCAGAUCGAGAAUCUAGAAGAUUUGGGCUAUGUCAUGAGUGGCUCAAGGCACCGCAGGAUGAACGCGGUGCGUAUCCGAAAGGAGAAUCAGGUCUACUCGGCGGAGGAGAAGCGAGCCCUUGCCAUGUACAACUUCGAAGAGAAGGCCAAUCGCGAGGCGACACUUGUCGGCGAGUUGCGGGAGCUCCUGGAGAAGCGGCAAAAGGCCAUUGCAUCUGCAGUCGGAGAUGGCUUGACUUUGGACCAAAAGUUCAGCUCGACAGGCGAGCAGAAAAAGUUCAUUUAA